AUGCAGCUCGCCCAUACCCUCAUCGCCGCACUCCUCGCCGCCACCGCCUCCCUCGCGGCCCCCAUCGACCCAGAGUCCCUCGAAGCCCGCGGCGUCUGUCCCGCCGGACAGAUCGUCUGCGCAGGCCCCAACAGCGGCCAGUACCGCUGCGCCAACCCCAAGGCGAGCCAGUACUGCUGUGAGUGUCCCCGGCGGUCAACGACUGAUGGUAGGCGGACAGGGCAACGUGUGCACUCACAAUACUUGCCCCAAGGGCAAGGUGUGCCCACCAUGCUCGCCCGUACACUCUUCACCACCCUCGUCGCGACAUUUGCCCUCGCUGCCCCUGUCGAGCCGGUAUCCCCCGACGCCCGCGCAGUAGGCUGCCCAAAGGGCUUCCUCGUGUGCUUCUGCCCAAUCACUGGGCCGUGGAGGUGCGCGAACCCGGCGAUCAACCAGUACUGCUGUGAGUCUGCUUCCGUUGGUGCUGGUUGA